UUCAUGACUCCAGACGAGAGGAAAGUGUACGAGAGUAUCCGCUCCCCUCACCUCAAGUACUGGAUCCCCGUGGUCUGGUUCUCUAAUCUGGCCGUCAAAGCUCGAGAGGAAGGACGCAUCAAGGACAGCAUCGACCUGCAGCUGAUUCAUCAAGAGAUGAACGUGUUCAGGACUUGGUGUGCGACGCUGUUCGGAUACGACUGGGUCGGCAUCCCACUCGUCUACACUCAG